GCCAUAUGGCCCAUGGCACACUUUCGCUACAGCUGGCUAGAAGCUCCGCUCUUGGUAGGGCGAUCUUAUUUUUUGGAUUUGUUUCGCUGAGAUUGGACAAAGGCCAAACGGCGAGGACGGCGCGCGACCAGCCACUAGGGCCUGUCCGAGCAAACCCUUAUCUGUUGGUGCGGGAUGCACCUGAUACACUCGUCCACCACGAUGACUUGACGAUCCAACUUCGAUCCAUUUAAAUGAUCCUCCCCUCUGCUCUUCUGUUAGCCCUCAGCUAGCUAACGUGACAACUUCGCACGCGACCUCUGACGUCUCAAGGCCGGUUGCCUUUUGCGACGUCCCGUCAAUCGAGCCCUUCCUCACAGGCGACGCGCCUCGAAGAAAAAUAAAUUUCUAGUCACCAUGACUUGGAUUCAAGCUACCAACGCAAGAGUUGCCCGCUCUGCGGUGGGCAAAUACUUCCGCCUUGAAGGCAGUGGCCAUGCCAGGGAGCGACAGCAAAGUUAUUUCUUCACAGAAAUCCGCGCCGGUCUUGCCACCUUCUUUGCUAUGGCGUACAUCAUCUCCGUCAACGCUUCCAUCCUCUCUCAAAGUGGAGGCACCUGUGUUUGUCCUCCUACGAGUACAGAUGCGUGCGACAGCGACCCUGAGUAUAUGCUGUGCGUCCAAGAAAUCAACAGGGAUCUUGUGACUGCCACCGCUGCCAUCGCUGCAUUGACUUCCUUCUGCAUGGGACUUUUCGCCAACAUGCCUAUCGCCCUGGCUCCUGGAAUGGGGCUGAACGCCUACUUCGCCUUUACUGUCGUCGGAUACCACGGAACGGGAAUGGUACCGUAUUCGGUCGCACUGACGGCCGUUUUCGUGGAAGGCUUUGCAUUUGUUGCCUUGACCCUUUUCGGAAUCCGCCAAUGGCUCGCCCGAGCCAUUCCGGCAUCCAUCAAGCUUGCAACUGGAGUUGGAAUUGGCCUCUACCUUACCAUUAUUGGUCUUACGUACAGCGCCGGUAUUGGCUUGAUCACAGGAGCAAAGGCUACGCCUCUGGAACUUGCAGGAUGCGAGCCCCAAUUUAUCGAUGAAUUGACUGGCGCCUGCCCGGGAAGCCACAAGAUGCGCAACCCUACCAUGUGGAUCGGCAUCUUCUGUGGCGGUGUCUUCACUGUCAUGCUCAUGAUGUACCGUGUCAAGGGCGCCAUCAUCGCGGGUAUCUUGCUCGUUUCGAUCAUUUCGUGGCCUCGCUCGACCCCCGUCACCUACUUCCCUCACGACCAGCUCGGUGAUUCCGCCUUCGACUUCUUCAAGAAGGUCGUCACCUUCCGCCCGAUCGAGAAAGUCCUGGUUGCUCAAGAGUGGGAUGUCUCAAAGUUUGGUGGACAGUUCGGUUUGGCGUUCAUCACGUUCCUUUACGUCGAUAUUCUUGACUGCACGGGUACCAUGUACUCCAUGGCCCGAUUCUGCGGCGCCAUCGACGAGCGAACCCAGGAUUUUGAGAACAGUUCCAUCGCCUACAUGAUCGAUGCCAUGGGUGUCACGAUCGGCAGUCUGUUCGGCACGUCGCCCGUCACCGCGUACAUCGAAUCCGGUGCUGGUAUCUCCGAGGGCGGCAAGACAGGACUCACAGCCAUGGUCACCGGACUCGCAUUCUUCAUCGCCGUCUUCUUCGCGCCCAUCUUCGCCUCCAUCCCGCCCUGGGCCACCGGCUGCACCCUGGUCAUCGUCGGAUCACUCAUGGCCCAGGCCGCCAAGGACAUCAACUGGAGGUACAUGGGCGACGCGAUCCCGGCCUUCCUCACCAUCGCCGUCAUGCCCUUCACAUACAGCAUCGCGUACGGCCUGAUCGCAGGUAUCAUGUCCUACAUCCUCAUUAACACGCUCGUCUACAUCGUCGAGAAGGCCUCCGGCGGCCGCAUCGUGCCCCCCAACAAGGACGAGAAGGAGCCCUGGACCUGGCACAUCCCCGGCGGCAUCCUGCCACCCUGGAUGCAGCGCAUCCGCAAGGGCAAGCGCGACUUCUGGCGCUCCGACGAGUACGAUGAUGGCGUCCCCGAGAGGCAGCCCAGGAAGAGCGACAGCGAGAGCGCGGAGCAGGCUCCCACGUCGUAUCCCGAAAAGACCCUCGAUGAGACCAAGGGACCUCAAAAGCUUGCAUAAGCGGGUGGAGGACGGAUGGGUGGACCGGCGGGAAAGGGCCCGUUCGGUGUCACCGUAGGGAAGACUUUUUGAUUUCGUUGUAUAGUAAACAUUCUGGGUAAUUGGGAUAAAAGGGGUGCAUAUGGGAAAUGGGAGGUUUCGCUCGCAUGGUUAUUGUUGCUGUUGUUGCCCCUUGGUGGAAAGGGGCGCUAUAUCACUUGGUGCGGAUGGAUUGGAAGGUCGUCGUCGUCGUCGACGUCCCCGUUUAGACUCACAACUUCACUGUCGAGAUUCGGAUUCGGGACGCGGUGUGCGUGUGCAAGGUACAUAUAUCCGUACAUACACGUCGCUGUAGUACAGUAGUACAUUCGCUAUCUAAUCGAAACAAGUAACUACAUUUUACAC